UUGUGGAUCGCAGACAUCCACACACACAAACACAAACACACACUCUAAAGUCAAAGGAGCAGGAACUGAGGACCUGCUCGUCUGAUACCACCUCAAGUUGCAUUCAGAGCAGAGAUAAUCUGGAGAUGGACACUGCCCAGGAACGCAAGCCAAAAAGGCCUCACUACAUUCCGCGACCGCUGGGGAAGCCAUUCAAGUACCAGUGUUUCCAGUGUCCUUUCACUUGCAAUGAGAAGUCCCACCUCUUUAACCAUAUGAAGUACAACCUGUGUAAGAACUCAAUCUCCCUGAUGUCACAGAAAAAUAGUCUGACAACCCGACAGGUCAAAGCACCGGCAAAGCCCGUCCCAGUAAAGCCUGAGGAGGGUCCAGUCUCACCAGGAGUUCCAUCCAUCGGUCAGAGGAAACAGGAAAACAAAGGUGAGGUUAGUGAUGCACCGGAAGAAGUCGAUGUUGAGUGCCAAAGUCCUAUCCAUGACGGAGAGAAAAGGGAAAAGGACGUUCCCGUAGGGGACAACCAGGACAGCAAUGAAACCAAGUCUAUUCCACGGCCAUCUGCCUUCUCUCUAGUCACGCCCAACCAUGAUGAAGCCUUCAAGACAUCCGUGCAGCAGUCAGACCGUCCACAAAUUCCUCAUUUCAGUUGCCCACCAUUCCCAUGGACUUUUAAGCCAUUCCCAACUCCCGAAUACUCUCCUUAUCUUUUGCCUGACCGGCCUUUCUCCUUGCCAUACUACCACCCUGGAACCCAAAAUGCAAAUGAGACAAAUUCUUCUUUCCGGGUAGAGGUUCCAGUUUCCCAAAGGCCAGUGGUACCACACGCCAUCACUCCACCGCCUCCUGCCUCACUCUUCCCACCUUAUCCGUACAGAUACUGCCACCCAAUCCACCCCUAUCAUUAUAGCCUGUACAGACCCCAUGAGAUCUCCAUGCCCAUCACAGCAUCAAGAUAUCUUCCUAUGGACUGGUACAGACCAACCGUCGGUUCUAAAGAUUACAACUUAUACAUGCAAUCCCAUCCCAGUCAUUUCAACACCGCAGAAGAAGAACAGCUGGGACACAGACAAAGUGGAGACAAGGCAACCAGACUGAGCCCGAAGGAGGGAUGUUCGGCUUUGGGAUCCCCUGACAGACCUAGUCAUGCACAGGUCACCCAGAUUGACGGCGGGGAGGCGGCACAUGACACCAACUUGGAAGAGCGGCUGCCAUCGACAGCUGUUCAGCAGAAGCAGACUGACGCCAGGCGGAAGGAUACGGCGGAGAGCUUGCUGCAGUUAGGAACUCUGCUUGUGGAUGGCGGAUCAGCUGACAACAGCAGAUACUCCGCCGUGUCUGGGUCAUGUCCUGAAACUACAUCCGAACAGGAAGAUGAGGACAACAAAGGAGAUCCGGCGCCGCUAAACCUCUCAACGAGAACCCAGAACAAAGACAGAGUUACAUCCGAGCACAGAGAGAGCGGCUCUGACAUUGACGAGCCAACGGGACUAGAGCUGCCCCUGAACCUCAGCCUUCGCUCUUCUCAUGCGAGCCCAUCGGAUGAUCAUCAGCUCAGCACGGAUGAAGAAACGUUCAACCAGAGGCAGACAGCGGCGCUCGCACUCUGUCAGCUCUCCAUCGCUAGCACGGCUGCCACUUCGGGUGACUUUGAGCCUGCCGAGGGACUCAAGGAGGAUUCCACAGAUAAUGGAGGUCCUCGCGCACCACCAGAGACGAAGCGCAGGGCUACCGUGACAGGUGUGAAACGAUCAAACCAAGCAAAACCAAACCAAAAUAAACCAAACAAGAGAGCAAAGGCGGCAACGCGGAAUACAAGAAGGAGGCCUCGCUGUUGUUAAACAUACUGUAUAAUAUUAUUUUGUAUAAAUUCUAAAAAUUCUAAUCAGCCUAUUGAACAUCAUUACUGAAGCACUGAAAGACUGCAAUACUGCAAAUAAACCACCAGGAAAACAUAUAGCACUGUCUGUAUGGUACAGUUUGUAAAUAUGCUUUUAUGUACACAAACACACACAGGACACAAUAUCAGGUACACCUGCAUAAUAUGAGUACUACAUGUUUACGCUUGUGGUUGUAAUUUGCAGUGUUUCUAAUAUUUUGGUUACCUUAUUUGUCCAUAUGAGGUGACAAAAAUACUGUAUAAAAUAAUAAUACUGUAUAAUAUAUGUAUAAUAAUAUGAACAUUAUCAUAUGGACUUGAAUAUAAGCAGACCCCUUCCUUUUAAAAGCCGAUUAUGGAAAAAUAAAAUAAAAGUUUUUAAAAUAAAUGAAUCUGAAAGUGAAAUUAAAUUCCAUUUAAACCUGUUUUAUUAAUCAUGUUUCUCAGCUGCUUAACUUUUGUUUCAUUGUCUUACAAAUUACAUCGGAACUCCUGUGUUGUUGCUAGUAACCUCUUCCAGGUCACUGUGUGAGCGGCAGGAAGAAAAGCUCUGACUCUCUUGGCGCUAUAUGUUGGUUUGAAUAAAUCUGUAGACCUCAUCUUUUUACACUUUUUUUCUAGGGGGAAAAAAAAUGUUCCAUGUACAGUAUUAUCUUUGCAAGGGCGGAAUUUUGCUAAAAUGCAAAAUUUUGUGAAAAGGUGUGCAGGUGUACCUGUUGACUGAUGUAUUAAUUGGAAAAGGUAAUGAGGACUGUUUACGUUCACUUUUUAUGAAGUCCACUUGAAGAAAAUAUAAAAUAAAGAAAUAUAAAAAAAAAAAUAAUGAUCUAUAGUAAACCUCGGAUAUAUCGGACUCGGAUAUAUCGGAAAUUCGCUCACAA